AUGAGUGAGCUUCGCCGGGAUUUGGCUGACGCUGCCCGUUCCCUUGCCUCUGCUCUUGCUCGUCUCAGCCUAGACGAUAACAACGGUGAGUGGGAGGUUGUGGUUGAUCCGGCUGACAUCCGCUUUCUUGCUCGCAGCCUGCCUCUUGCUUCCCGCGAAGCAAGGGCCACCCGUGCUUGGAAAGCUGGCUUCUGGGCCGGUGAGGUUCUGGCUGGCCGCUUGGACUUUCCUUGGGCCUCGGAUCGCAUCGCUGUUCGAUCCACCAUCUACGUGGUCCUCCGUUGUGACGCCCUGUCUGGGCCGGCCUCCUUCAGGGGCUUCCGUGCGUUCAAGAACGCUGUGGGUGCUCUUGAGCAUUCCAACACUGUGUGCCACGGCUUCCCUACCGAGGAGACGCCCGUGUCUUCUGUGCUGGGGCCAACGUGUGCUUUGAUCUUCUCUCCUCCUAUUGGGGAGACCGAGGAGCCUUCCGACUUCCUGGCUCUGCCUGUGCUGUGCCAUUCUGCGGGCUUCCUCCUUGCACUGCCUCCUGGGACUUUCUCGGAAGGGUUGGGCCAGCAAGGCGACUCGGAGGUUCAGGUCGGCCCUUCUUUCACGACUUCCGUCGCCGGCCUCGAGGAAGACGAGGCAGGCAUCAUGCAAGAGGUGUCGUUGCAGGUCCCGUGUCUGGUGGUGGACCUGAAGGAGGAGCUGGCCAGUUACCUUCGCAAAAUAGCCUCGCCGCCCUCAGCCUUCUCGGCCGAAGCGGGUGACCACUACGACACGGAGACGUUGGAGAAGCGUCUGGUUGCCCCUCCCGAGGUGCCACCGAAGGCUCACCAGCAAGGGACCGUUUGGCCGAUGCCAUCGGAGGCAAUCUUCCAGGGCGAUCACCUGGGGGUUGAAGUCGCCACGUGCUUGAUAAUCCACCACUACUUCAGCAUUUCCUUUGAGGAGCGGGGGCCUCCUCCAGCCGACCGGUCUGCUGGGGUCGAGAAGGACCUGCAAGAGGUUUGCCUUGAGAAGGUCGGCGGAGCUGAACUUGUCAUUCCGCUCCCACGCUCCGUCGCUGAUGAACUGGUCGUUGUCAGUGCACUGACCGCUUUGGCUGUCAGUGAUCUCUCGGCCCAGCUCCUCCCCGAGGUGUUUGCCACGGACUCCUCUGAGGACGUUGGCAUUCGUGUUGGUGCCAUUUCUGAUGAUCUCAAGUCCCUUGGCUGGACUCCGGGCCCGGCCUUGGAUCUUGAAGCCUCGCCUGAGUACGACUUGAGGCAGGACCUACCGUUGCCGUUGGGAAGGCCUGUCGAGAAGCAGACUCAGCGUGUGCGAGACCGGCUGUGGGACGAGUUUGCUGCCUGGCUUCGGGGCAAUGGCCUGGACCUUGAAGCGGUUUUUGGAGAAGGUGCCAUCGACAUUGAUUUUGUCAACAUCGUGCUGGGAAAAUACGGGAGAGAGCUUUACCAAGCAGGCGACUGCUUCAACCGGCCUGGGACGUCGCUUUUUGUUGGAUGCGGAACGAACCUCAUCACCAUCAUGUUGCGAUGCCCUGGCAGGCACCAAAGCCUGAAGGUUGACCAUCCGGACCUCAUCGAGGUCAUUGAGUUCGUUUUUUCUGGGCUGCCUCCGGGGCAGAAGCUUUGGCCCAUGUCAGACCAGAGCUUUCGCAACAGGUUUCAGCGCAUCCUUGCAGCGCUCCACCUGCAGAGAGGCAGAUGGCUCACCUCCAAGAUCAUGGAAAUCUACAUUCAGGAGGUCAGUGCUCUUCAAUUCCUGCCUGCGCUCCCCAAAGCAGACCGGGACUAUCUGCUGGACUGGGCUGGGAUGUACUCUUAA